AUGUCCACGGUCGACAAGGAACUUGUCAACAAAGUAUCAUCUAUGGACGUGAAAGACCUUACCAUACACGUAACGGAAGCCGGAGACAAGAUAUCCACCAGGGAGCGUGUAGUAAAAGAUGUUCCUCCCCCAGCAACAAACAUCCCCACUGAUGCUGAAAUACGGUCAAAGAAGGAUCCCUCAAAGCCUGAUCUCGAAUUCCUCAAACAACACUUGUAUCGCGAAGGACGACUCUCGGAGGAACAGGCUCUGUGGAUUAUCAAAUCUGGAACCGAAAUUCUAAGUAAAGAACCAAACUUGCUCGAGGUCGAUGCUCCCGUCACUGUUUGUGGUGAUAUACAUGGCCAGUAUUAUGAUUUGAUGAAACUAUUUGAAGUCGGUGGAAACCCAGCGGAAACGCGCUUCUUAUUUUUGGGUGAUUAUGUAGAUCGUGGUUACUUUUCUGUCGAGUGUGUAUUAUAUUUAUGGUCUUUGAAGAUGUGGUACCCAAACACCAUUCACAUGUUACGAGGCAACCACGAAUGUAGACAUUUGACCGAUUACUUUACCUUCAAACUCGAAUGCAAACACAAAUACUCUGAAAAGAUCUAUGAAGCAAUGUUGGAAUCCUUCUGUGCAUUACCAUUGGCCGCCAUCAUGAACAAGCAAUUCUUGUGUAUUCAUGGUGGUCUAUCACCCGAGUUAAAUACAUUGGAGGACUUGCGAUCGAUAAAUCGAUUCCGAGAACCACCUACUCAUGGUAUUAUGUGUGACUUGCUAUGGGCAGAUCCAUUGGAAGAUUUCGGACAAGAACGGACGAAUGAGUUCUUUGUUCACAAUCAUGUUCGUGGUUGCUCAUAUUUCUUCAGCUAUCAUGCUGCGUGUGCAUUUUUGGAAAGAAAUAAUCUGUUGUCUGUGAUUCGAGCACAUGAAGCUCAAGAUGCAGGAUAUCGCAUGUAUCGAAAGACUAGGACAACUGGAUUCCCAUCUGUAAUCACUAUAUUCUCGGCGCCCAAUUACCUGGAUGUAUACAAUAACAAGGCUGCCGUACUUAAAUAUGAAAAUAAUGUCAUGAACAUACGUCAGUUUAACUGCACACCUCAUCCUUACUGGCUACCAAACUUUAUGGAUGUGUUCACAUGGUCGUUACCUUUUGUGGGAGAAAAAAUCACGGAUAUGCUGGUGUCCAUUCUCAACAUUUGUAGCAAAGAAGAAUUGGAAGAACUUGAAAAGGACAAGAACAAAUCUGGCGAAGAACUUGAACAAGAAGCUCGACGACAAGUUAUUCGAAACAAGAUAUUGGCUGUCGGUAAAAUGGCUAGAGUCUUCCAAGUUUUGAGACAAGAAACAGAAACCAUUGCUGAACUCAAAAAGGUUAUGGGUACUGCUACGCUACCAGUCGGUACAUUAGCACUAGGAGCUGAAGGCAUCAAGAAUGCAAUCACAUCCUUUGAAGAAGCCAAGAAGGCUGAUCGUGAUAAUGAACGUCUGCCACCUCUACGUCUAGGAAUGGAGGCCCCAGCUCCAGCAACUCCAAUUUUUGGUACACUGGGAACAGCUCCAUCUCCACAAAAGUCCAAGCCAUUGGUAGCUCCUACAAUCCAGGGACUAUGA